CAGCAGCUUGCUUGUUGUGAGGAUCGGCAGCAGCGGGACGGAGAAUGGUCGCAGUCCGGAGAGCAUAGAUGUGCAAAACCCCUGGAAUAACCGUGCGCUGGAGAGGCCCGAACCGACCGCCGUGGGGGACUGUUUUUGUUUGGUAGUCGAACGGGAGAGAGCCACGGUGCGAGUAUGGCGGUGGAAGAGGAAGGUCUGCGGGUUUUCCAGAGCGUUAAAAUAAAAAUAGGUGAAGCAAAGAACAUCCCUCCGUACCCGGGACCCAACAAGAUGAGGGACUGUUACUGCACUGUUAACCUGGACCAGGAAGAGGUCUUCAGAACCAAGAUCGUGGAGAAGUCACUUUGCCCAUUCUAUGGGGAGGACUUCUACUGCGAGAUCCCACGUAGCUUCAGACAUCUGUCUUUCUAUAUCUUCGACAGGGACGUCUUCAGGAGGGACUCCAGCAUCGGUAAAGUUGCAGUGAAGAAAGAGGAUCUGCAGAAAUACCACGGCAAAGACACCUGGUUUCAGCUCCAACCUGUCAGCGCUGACUCAGAGGUGCAGGGAAAAGUGCACCUGGAGCUGCGCCUGAGUGAAGUCAUUACAGACAGUGGAGUCAUCAGUCACAAACUAGCCACACGAGUGUUGGAGUGCCAAGGUCUUCCAAUAGUCAAUGGUCAGUGUGACCCCUACGCUGCUGUGUCCCUGCUUGGACCAUCCAGAUCUGAAGCCAAGAAGACCAAGGUGAAGAGGAAAAAUAACAAUCCCCAAUUUGACGAGGUUUUCUAUUUCGAGGUGACGAGGCCACUAAGCUACACAAAGCGACAGUUCGAUGUUGAAGAAGAGGACGUUGACAAAUUGGCAUUGAGGGUGGACCUGUGGAACGCCAGCAACCUGAAGUUUGGUGAUGAAUUUCUGGGAGGUGUUCGGGUUCCUCUGAGGGUCUUAGGCCAGGCAGGCGUCCACGACGCAUGGUACUUUCUCCAACCAAGAGAGAAUGGAGGGAAGUCUGUGAAGGUAGACGAGCUUGGUUCUGUGCGUCUGAACAUUGUUUACACCGAGGACCAUGUCUUUCCCUCGGAACACUACACACCUUUACGAGAUCUGCUGUUGCAUUCUGCAUAUGUAGAGCCUGUGUCGGCAUCCACUGCUCAUAUUCUGGGAGAAGUGUGUCGAGAGAAGCAAGAAGCAGCUAUUCCCCUUGUGCGUCUCUUUCUUCACUAUGGCAAGAUCGUGCCUUUCAUUAGCGCCAUCGCGCAUGCUGAAGUCAACCGCACACAGGACCCCAACACCAUUUUCAGGGGAAAUUCGUUGACUUCCAAGUGCAUUGAUGAGACCAUGAAGUUGGCAGGAAUGCAUUAUCUGCAAGUGACACUCAAACCAAUCAUAGAUGAGAUAUGCACAGAACACAAACCCUGUGAAAUUGACCCAGUCAAGCUCAAAGAGUCAGAGAACUUGGAAACUAACAGGGAAAACCUUCGUCAUUAUGUCGACCUUAUCUUCAACGUCAUCACGACCUCUGGCGUUCGCUGUCCCACUGUCAUGUGUGACAUCUUCUUCUCUCUGCGGGAAUCUGCUGCAACCCGUUUCCAAGUGGACCAAGAUGUCCGAUACACGGCAGUGAGCAGCUUUAUCUUCCUGCGUUUCUUUGCACCAGCCAUCCUGUCGCCCAACCUGUUCCAUUUACGGGCACACCAUCCAGAUCCCUCCACCUCACGAACCCUCACGCUUAUAUCCAAGACAAUCCAGACCUUGGGAAGUCUUGCAAAGUCCAAAUCGGCUAAUUUCAAAGAGUCUUACAUGGCCGCAUUUUACGACUAUUUCAACGAGCAGAAAUAUGCGGACGCUGUGAAGAAUUUUCUGGAUCUGAUCUCCACCUCUGGAAAGUGGGAUCAGAAGAGUAUUGAAACACCAAUCAUGCUGAAGGAGGGAUUUAUGAUAAAGCGAGCACAGGGGAGAAACCGGUUUGGAAUGAAGAACUUCAAAAAGCGAUGGUUUCGCCUCACCAACCACGAGUUCACCUAUCACAAAACAAAAGGUGAGGGAACUCUGUGCAGCAUUCCCAUAGAGAACAUUUUGGCUGUAGAGAGGUUGGAGGAGGAAUCAUUCAAAAUGAAAAAUAUGUUCCAGGUCAUUCAGCCAGAGAGGGCACUCUACAUCCAAGCUAACAACUGUGUCGAGGCACGUGACUGGAUUGACAUCCUAACCAAAGUCAGCCAGUGUAACCGCAAGCGCCUAAGUACGUACCAUCCUUCAGCCUACCUCAACGGCCACUGGCUUUGCUGCAAACUCUCCGCGGACACUGCCCCUGGGUGUACGCCCUGCACUGGUGGCCUUCCAGCCAACAUCCAGCUUGACGUUGACGGGGACAGAGAGACGGAGAGGAUCUAUUCCCUAUUCAGUGUGUAUAUGGCCAAACUGUUCAAGAUGCAAGAGGCCUGCGGCAGUAAGUCUGUGUACGAUGGACCCGAGCAAGAGGAGUACUCUAGCUUUGUCAUCGAUGAUCCCCAGGAGACCUACAAAACGCUGAAGCAGAUUGUUUCUGCAGUACAGACUUUGGAGCAGCAGCACACCAAGUACAAACGUGACAAGUUCAAGAAGACAAAGAUAGGAAGCCAGGAACAUCCAAUUGGAGACAAGAGUUUUCAGUGCUACAUCCGCCAGCAGUCUGAGAUCUCUACCUAUUCUAUCUAGCCAUGGGCCAAUGUAUUGAGUCCAUGCAACCCAGAACCAGCAUUGAUUUCUUUACCGU